UCCCAUCUCCCUCAGCUCGGACUCUUUCCACCGUGCGCUAAUAAAGGAGAGGUCCGACGCCAGCAUCCCGACCCAGUGAAGUCUCGCAGCAGGACAGGACGGCGGGAGGGUUGAUGUCCAAAACUUUUUUUUUUUUUUUUUGGCUCAAACUUUGACUCGGACCCUAUUUCUACCUCUGAGCUGAGAAGGAUACAGACACCCCAGGGAGGGAUUGAGAGUAAAGGCAAGGCUUGUUAUUGCCCCCCCCUCCUCAGGUAAGACGUUCUCAGAGGAGAGAGAAAGCCCGGUGCGCACAUGGCACCGACAAGACGCUUCUUGCUCCGCUGACAGCCGCAACGUGGACUUAACUCCCCGGAUCAUGAGGCCAGCAUAACUUCUCAAAAGGGACAAACUAAAGGCAGGAUUUAUCUCUUUUUUUUUUUCUUCCCUAAUCUCCACACUUCGCCGAGAAGACGAGAGAGCGAUGCUGGGUGUAAACCGGACCGUCAGCCUCCGACCAGUCCGGGUUCAGCCGGGAGUCGGACUCUCAUCAUCCCGACCUUCUUCAAGUCAGAGCCCGGGCACCAGCUCCAGGAUUUAUUGCGCGUGUCUGUUGCUGCUGCUGCUCGUCACGCCUCGGGUGGACUCUUCGUGGUGGUACAUCGGUGCUCUGGGAGCUCGGGUAAUCUGCGAUAACAUCCCUGGCCUGGUGAACAAACAGCGGCAACUCUGCCAGCGCCACCCGGACAUCAUGCAGGCCAUCGGUGAGGGCACCAAAGAGUGGAUCAGAGAGUGCCAGCACCAGUUUAGACACCAUCGAUGGAACUGCAGCACGUUGGACCGUGACCACACGGUCUUCGGACGUGUCUUGCUUCGAAGCAGCCGGGAAGCAGCUUUUGUCUAUGCCAUCUCCUCAGCRGGAGUUGUCUACGCUCUAACUCGCGCCUGCAGCCAGGGGGAGCUGAAGAUGUGUAACUGCGACCCGCACAAACGGGGACGAGCUCGCGAUACGAGAGGCGAGUUUGACUGGGGUGGCUGCAGUGAUAACAUUAACUAUGGGAUAAAGUUUGCCAAAGCCUUCAUAGAUGCCAAAGAGAGAACGGUACGAGACGCUCGGGCCCUCAUGAACCUCCACAACAAUCGCUGUGGCAGAACAGCUGUGAAGCGCUUCAUGAAGYUGGAGUGCAAAUGCCACGGCGUAAGCGGCUCUUGCACACUGCGGACAUGCUGGAUGGCCAUGGCAGACUUCAGGAAGACCGGUGACUACUUGAGGAGGAAAUACAAUGGGGCAGUUGAGGUGACAAUGAAUCAGGACGGGACAGGUUUCACUGUAGCCAACAAAGCCUUCAGGAAGGCCACCAAAAACGACCUGGUCUACUUUGAGAACUCUCCGGAUUACUGCCUCCAAGACAAAGCUGCAGGGUCCCUUGGCACAGCUGGACGGAUCUGCAACAAGAUGUCGCGUGGCACCGACGGCUGCGAGGUCAUGUGCUGUGGGCGUGGCUACGACACUACGCGAGUCAAGCAAAUCACCAAGUGCGAGUGCAAGUUCAAAUGGUGCUGCGCCGUGGAGUGCAAGGACUGCGAGGAGGCUGUGGACGUACACACCUGCAAGGCACCUAAACGAGCAGAGUGGCUGGAUCAGACCUGAGGACACACACACACACACACACACCCUUUCUGCUCCCUGUAAUGCAACCCCACCCAUUUCCCCAUUUGCAGGACAUCCUGUGGGACAUGGCAUUCUGGGAAAGUUUGGCCAAAAAAAAAAAAACAAACAAACAAAAAAAUGCUCUGCGUUGUUGCCACCCUUCUCUUCCCUCACCUUGUUUCAUCAUUGCAUGGCAUUUUUUUGACCUGUCUGUUAAAGCACUAGAACCCAGUACCCAUCAAUAUGAACUAAUCACAUUAGCUACAGUUGGUGAAUGGCUUUGUGAUUGAACUACUGGGAUCUGAUGAACAGAAAAAGCAGAGAUACCACUUCGGCUUUCAUCGCAGAUUCAGUACAGACAGCCUUAUUUUAAAUUUUUAUUUUCUCCUGUGUGUGGUUCUGUGAUUUAAAUGGUUUGCUGCUUUCAUGAUGCUUUAAAGGCAAAUCUUUACAUUACYUGAGCCUUCAAACAUAUACAGUAUUAUUACAGCAACAUCACAUCAUAUACUCACUUAUUUUGUUUCUGGUUUUUUAUGUAUCAAAGAAAAUGGUCAGACAGUGGAAAAGUACUUUAGAAAGUGCAAUUUAAAAAGUGGACAUCUAAUUAUGCACUUGGCUGUGACCACAAACUGUGUGGUCAGACAGGAAUCUAGGGUGAGAACUACAACAAGAGAAAGUCACGGACACCUGAAAAAAAAAUCAAAUAAAUGAAUGGACGUGUUACCGAGGUGGUUAAUGAAACUGAAAAGAAGGUGAAGAAGAAAAAACACAUUUAAAGAACUUUAUUUAAAUUGUAAAGUGUUGUUUCAUUCCUCAUCUGUAGAUGAGACUGCACUACAUCAACCGACACUGGGAGAGAGACGAGCACUCCCAUAGCUGUGAUCACACAGUGUACUUUAGUUGUUUUUUUUUUUUUUUCGUGUGUGAGAUGAAAAACUGCUGCUGAGAAGAAAACGAAGGCCUUGACGGUCACUCGUCGACCACAACAAAGAUUUCACCUCUCUGCUCUGGAGCUUGCUUGUGUAACAUUUUUGUAUAUUGCCUUAUCCAAACAGAUGUUCAUAUGAAAUAUAUGGUGUAUUAGUAUGA